UGAAACAUUGGUGUUUGUUCAGUAACUUUAUGCUGAAGUAAACAAAAUUCAAGGUAGCAAAAUGCCUAUAAUUAAGCCACAACACAUAGUCUCAUUUAGUAAUGCUGAAACGAAUCACCCUGCAGAGAAUUUAUUAAAACCAGAGGGAACAUUCAAGUGGAAAGUUCCAGGUGGAAAAGCUGCAACAGCUGUACUCCAGUUUGAGAAAGCAACAGAAAUACAUUCCAUUGAUAUUGGCAAUGAAGGAUCUGCAUUUGUGGAAGUUCUUGCUGGAAAAUCAACAUCAAAUUCAGACCAAAGCUAUGAGGUUUUACUUGUGGCCUCAUCUUUCAUGACUCCAGUGGAGAGCAGGAAUGGCACAAAUAGGAACAGUGUGAGGAUGUUUGGACCAGAUAAACUUAACAAAACAGUGGCUACCCAGAAAUGGGACAGGGUUAAAAUUGUUUGCACUCAACCCUUUAACAAGACUGCCAGUUAUGGAUUAUCCUUCAUCACAUUCCAUUCUCCACCAGAAGCUCAGGAACAGAAAGAAAAAGAGAGUGGUUCCAAAAAGAUUGGUGCAUUUACUCUCAAACCUGAAAGUGGAGAUCCAAUAAGCACAGGGUCUGUGUUUGAAAAGAAGAAAACUCAACUUACCGGGGCAGCAGCUGUUCGUGCAGCCUCUAAAUUAGCAGAAGAAUCUAGAGGGACUCCAGCUAAAUCUGAGGAGAGCAAACCAGUGCAGAAAGCAGCCACACCAUCAGAGAAACCCAGUACCAGUGUGGGUGGAUCCAAGAGGAAACAUACUUUGAGUGAUGAUGAGGAUGAGGAUAAGGCCCCUCCCACCAAGCCUCCCAUGAAGAAACAGUCAACCAGUAUCAGCUCCACUGCCUCAUCCUUGAAGGGGAGUGAGAGACCCCCGCUCAAAAAGACCAAAUCUGACACAUCAGGUCAGGCCAAACCUUUCCACAAGUUAAUGAAGGGAGUUGUGUUUGUGCUGAGUGGUUACCAAAACCCAUUCAGGGCAGAACUAAGAGACAUGGCUACAGAGAUGGGAGCUGAGUACAAACCAGACUGGAAGAAGGGAUGCACCCACCUCAUAUGCGCUUUUCAGAAUACACCCAAAUACAAUCAAGUGAAAGGAAAAGGGAAAAUUGUAAAGAAGGAAUGGAUCCAACAUAUGUACAAACAGAAGAAACCCCUGCCUUGGAGAAAAUACAGACUUGGGGACGCAGAUACACCAGAGGGAACAAGUGAAGAAGAGUCAGAUGAUGAUGAUACACCAGCUGUAAAGGAACCAGUACAAAAAGCCAAACCGAAAGGAGAGAGUAAAGCCUCCCCAGAGAAACAUGCAUCAAAGGGUAAAACUAAGAAGGGUGUGGAUUUUGAUGGGGAUACAGAUUCAGGGGGAGAGGAAGCCCCGAUGGAUUACGGAGGAGACACAGACUCUGGAGGGGAUACAGAGGAUGAACUGGAGAAAGUAAAGGCUAAACUGGCCUCAGAAUCUAAGAAGAGCAAUCCCUAUGGUGAUUCUACCGAUGAAGAUGAACCUUCAAAGAAAUCUCCGAAACCAUCACCAUCUAAAAAUAACUCAAAUCCUCAGCCCUCCACAUCCCACCAAUCAGAGACCAGCAAAGCAGCAGACGACAGUGAUGAUUCUGGCCUUCCUGAUUUACCUGAUUAUUUCACUGACAAGCAUUUUUUCUUGUAUGGAGAUUUUCCCAGUGGUGAGAGAAGGCUGCUGACACGAUAUAUCACAGCUUAUAAUGGGGAGAUAGAAGAGUACAUGAAUGAUAAAGUCCAUUAUGUUAUCACAAAUUCUGAUUGGGAUAAAAAUUUUGAUGAUGCACUGUCUGACAACCCAAAGCUGGUUUUUGUGAAACCAAAGUGGAUUCACAUGUGUCACGAAAAGGAGAAAUUAGUACCUUAUCAACAUUACAUAGUGAUUCCAAAGGAUGAUUGAUGAAUCUUUGAGCCUAGAGAUAUUGACUUCUAAUUAGUUCAAGGACUGCGGUGAAGACUUAAUUGAAUUUGAUGAAAUCAUUUCUUACCAAUAACAAUGCAGCAACAUAAUCUAGAUGUUAGAAUGUUUCAAAUUUAUGUAAUAAAUUUUAUCACAUUUUGUAGAUUUUCAUGGAUAUUUCAUAAAUACUUAACAGAACUUGGAAUAGGCAGCUGUGAAUAAAAAAUAUGUUUUAAA